AGCCGAGGCUCGCCAAUUGGACCUCCAAAACGAAAAUCGCAUCGUUUUCCACUUGCCUUCUCUAUACUACAUGGCAUCCACCUCAGGUUCUCGGCACGACGGCGUGACUGAAAGAAUUCGAAACGCCACCAUAACGCUCUACAAUGAAAACAACUCUCUCCUUGGUGAAGUUCGAAAGGCGACGAGUUUGAUGAAGGAGGUUGCAGUUGAUUUAGAAAGAGAUAAUCAGUCUCAAAUGGUGAUGAAACUAGAGGAUGCUGCUAUGCAGCUGUCAGAAGCCUAUGGAGACUGUACACACUAUUCAUCAUCCAUUGAAUCAAUUGGAAAUUCAUAUCAGCCUGGGACAGAGUUAACAGAUUUUAAGAAGUUGCUUGAGGGUGAGUUUGUGAAGGCCAAGGCUGCUUCAUCAUCUGUUCCACAGAAAGAAUCAUUGAUGCGUCAAUUCAGAGAAGCUGUCUGGAAUGUUCAUCAUGCAGGAGAACCAAUGCCAGGUGAAGAGCAGGAGGACAUUAUAAUGACCAGUACCCAGUGCAACCUUUUAAAUAUCACUUGUCCUUUGAGUGGAAAACCCGUUACUGAGUUAGCAGACCCAGUCCGAAGUGUGGAUUGCAAGCAUAUAUAUGAAAAGAAGGCAAUCAUGGCCUAUAUUAAUAAAUCCAAAAAUAAAAAUGGUCGAUGCCCGGUAGCAGCCUGCCCCAAGAUACUGAAGGCAGCAAAAGUAGUGUGCGACCCUCUGUUACGGGUUGAAAUCGAUGAAAUGCGGUCAAUGAACAAACAAAGUUCAAGGCCUAAUGUGAUCGAAGAUUGCACAGGGCUUGAUGAAGAAGAGAAUGAGCGAUGAAAGUAGAUAAUGUACAAAAUUUUGGUCCCUUUUUGUUUCACUCUUUUGAAUUAUUUUUCUCUUAUCCUAUUUGGAUUAAAAAACAAGAUAUGCGUUUGUUUACUUAUUGAGAUUAUUAUCCUGAAAAUU